UACUACUUUUGGAAAGAAAAUCAAAUAUAUACUAGAAUAUACAAUCAUAGUUUUAUAGAACAAGUUGAACAAUUAUUAUUUUAUUCCCAUAAAAAUAACAGAGGAUGGACCUGAGUUCCUUUCUCAGUCUGCUUUAGUAAUUUGUCAUGAUUUCUUCACUCUCGUUAUUUCCUCAAGACAAAGAUCUAUUGAAAAUAUCCUCUCUACGCAUUAUCCUCACCAUAAACCCCAGUUGCGGGGAUGUAUAGAUAACGGUCAUCUAUUUGCUUUGGAUCCAUAAAUAAUAGUGGGGGUUGGGCCAAGUACAGUCAUAAAGUAGGGACUUUCUCAGCUGUCUCUGCUUCUUCAACCAAUCACGUCCAGCUCAGAGCCUCUAUCACUUCAGCCUAUCAACAUCUCUCUCGACAUGGAUCUCUCUGUUCUCUUCUUCCUCCUCCUCGCCGCCGUGGCCACUACCGUCAACGCUACCGACCACAUCGUCGGAGCUAACAAAGGCUGGAACCCGGGCAUCAACUAUACCCUUUGGGCCAACAACCAAACCUUUUAUGCUGGUGACUACAUCUCGUUUAGGUACCAGAAGUCGCAGUACAAUGUGUUUUUAGUGAAUCAGACUGGAUAUGAUAACUGCACAAUAGAUGGUGCAUUAGGGAAUUGGACCAGCGGAAAGGACUUCAUUAUGCUGAACAAUACCCAGAGGUAUUACUUCAUUUGUGGAACCGGCGGUUGCCUUAACGGCAUGAAAGUUUCGGUGGUGGUUCAUCCUCUUGCGUCUCCUCCGAUGUUAGCCGUACCCGCUGAGCAUUCCUCUAAAAAAUCUUCUGCUCCGUCGGCGCGUGGUUUUGUGUCACUAGUGGCAACGAGCUUCGCCUUUUUUGGAUUGACAUUAUGCAGUUCAGUUUGGAUGUAGCAAGUUUUGAGCCUUUCUGUUUGAGAUUGUUCGCUCCAUUGGAUUCUGAAACUACCACAACCAUAAAGUAUCAAGUGUGUAUCUGCCAUUUUGAUUAUUUUUAAUUAUGUCAAUUAUUUUUUCUUAA